GAACAAAGUCUGAUAUUCUCACCAUGCACGAAAUCGUUACCUUGCAGUUUGGUCAUUUCGCCAACUUUGUCGGGGCUCAUUACUGGAACGCCCAAGAGGCACACUUCAACUACCAGCAGCCGUCAGAAGAAGAGGAACCCGCCCCAGAACUUGUCAACCAUGACUGUCUGUACAGAGUGGGGAUCACCAACAAGGGCGUCGACACCUACACUCCACGGGCCCUGAUCUACGAUCUGAAAGGAGGGUUUGGGUCUAUCAACAAAUACAAACUGUAUGAGACUGCGCCAAUGCAGGAUUAUCAUCAGCAGCAAUAUGAUCUUACAUGGGAUCCAUCGAAAAUGGAGACAUUUCAGGAGGAAGAAUACAUCAGAUCAGAAUACCAAGAGCAUCUGGAGAACGAAGAGAUGGGCUUGGCCACAGAAGAAGGCGAGGACGAGAUUGAAAUGAACGGCAUGAGGACUUGGUCAGACUUCAACCGUGUCUACUUUCAUCCAAAAUCCAUGGUGACUAUGAGCGGAUAUCAACUGGACAGCGAGUUCAUGCCAUUCGAUGUCUUUUCAUAUGGUCAUGCAGCAUUUACGGAGACUGAGAAGGAGAAGGACUCAUACGACGAAAAUUUCAGAUUAUUCACGGAAGAGUGUGACCAGCUCCAGGGGUUUCAAGUGUUUGCGGAUGUGCUGGAUGGUUGGGGCGGAUUUACUACCAGUUACCUGGAACAGUUGCGCGAAGACUUUCCAAAAACCUCUAUUGUAACAUAUGGUCUGAGUGACAGUCAAAUGGGAAAGCGCAGUACUUUGAGGGAGAGACAAACAGCCGCUGUGAACGAAACAUUAGCCAUGACAAACCUCUCCAUGUUGUCAUCCUUAUAUGUCCCUGUUCGCGCUCCCACUCAGUCCAUGCUUGUUGCGGACGGAUGCCUUCAAAUCGUUACCAUACGAGUGCAUUCAUUUCUGCAGGGAUCGAUUCAGCCCUACUUCCUUGCAGACCUAGUCGGUUCUCUUAACUGGAGAAACAUUACGACUGUUGGCACACUCUCAGUGGGGCUGCCGUUUCCCUUUGGCUUAAGCAAAUUGCCUCAGCUGACAGGAUGA